AGUGUCCAGCUCAUAAUGAUCAUCAUGUCCUUGUAAAUUGAAUCAAGCACGGCGCGUAACACCCAGCAUAAGCAACUGUGCUGAGUACUCACCAAUUCCCCGCGCUCGGCCAUAUCGGAUUCACGCGUUAUUCAUUCGUAUCUGCCAACCGCCGCCAUGACUUCAGAAGACCGAGAGCCCAACUCGGAGCUGGAAUCCUUCCGGCAAAAAUGGAUCUCCGACUUGCGAUCCAGGAGGGAAUCAUUCGGGUCAGCCUCUCAUCAGGCUGAGGCGUCGUCCGCAGCCUCUGCCGCUGCGCCGGCCGGUACAUCACGGCCAAGGAAGCAUUCAGGCCCUUCUUCAGGCAAGAAGAAUUUACCAGUCAUUGAUGAUGAUGAAUAUUAUCUUCACGUCCAAUCGUUUGAUGGCCCUCCUCCAACAUCUGCUUCGGGGCAUCUGCUCUCAGAUGCUCCCGGCAAAGGUGUUGAGAGAUCGCUCGUCUCAGCUCUAGAUCACUAUGAGGAAGCCAUGGAAAAGGAAGCCCAGGGCAACAUGGGAGAAAGCCUGCGGCUCUAUAGAAAGGCGUAUAGACUGGAUAGUAGAAUAGACCAGACAUACCGUGAGAAACACUUCCCUGGAGGUUUCGCCGCCACCAAAGGCGCAGUCCCAGCCACAGGAGCACCAGCAGCACCAGCAACGAAGAAAUCUGAAGCUGAUGAAGGGGAGCCCAAGCCGCUAACCCUGGAAGAGCUCAUCGCCAGCUUCUCAACCCUCAAGAUUGAACCAGCGCCCCCUGAGAUUGAGAACACCCCGCCACCCCCAUGCCCAAUCGCCAACCUGCCAGACGAGCUGCUUGUCCACAUCCUCCAGGACGUUGCCGUCGCAGACGUCGGAGACUUCGCCCGCCUGAGUCUCGUGUGCAAGCAUUUCGCCUUUCUUGUCGCCACCGAGCAGCGCCCCUGGAAGCGCGUCUGCCUCGGGAGCGAGUUCGGCUUCGCGUCCGUGCCUCGUCAUUGGCAAAAGAGCAUUGAAUGGGAAGAUCUCGAGAUCCAGGAGGAGGCAGACGAAGAUGGCCUACUUAUCAGCAUGCGAGAGCUCGAAGAGCGCCGCCUCGCCGACGCGCUAUCCUUUACCCUGUCGCUCCACGAUCCAGACGUUUAUCCUUCGUGGAAGCACAUGUUCCGAAACCGCCCACGGAUCCGUUUCAACGGAUGCUACAUCAGCACGGUCAACUAUGUGCGCAGCGGUCAGGCCUCCACAAAUCAGUCCACCUGGGGCGGAGCGCCCGUCCUCAUCGUCACAUACUACCGCUACUUGCGAUUUUUCCGUGAUGGCACUGUCAUCAGUCUCCUUACCACGGCAUCUCCAGUAGACGUCGUUCAUCACCUGACCCCCGAGCUGCUCCUCUUACACCGCGAGGCUCCUCACCCCCAUUUGCCGUCCGUUGUGAUGCAUCAAGCAUACAAGGGUCGCUGGCGGCAGUCCUCUGCCUUGGAUCAUCCUGACAACACAGAUCCCAAGGAGCAGGAAUCAGAUAUCUAUGUAGAGACGGAGGGCGUCGGCCCAAAGUACAUGUACAGAAUGGACUUGACGCUCCGAAGUGCAGGCAAAGGCACCAAGAACAACAAAAUCGUCUGGAGAGGUUUCCACAGCUACAACAAACUAACAGACGAUUGGGCCGAAUUUCAGCUCAAAAACGACAAGCCGUUCUUUUUCAGCCGAGUCAAGAGUUAUGGAAUAGGAGAGCCGGUAAAGGAGCUCUAGAGGACUAGUGCUGCUUAUCCACUGCACCAUA